GUAGGUAAAUCGAAAGUUUCCGCCUCGAGUCCGUUACGUACCGGUGGGUGUAUGUAAGCAUGCAUCCUUGUACGGCGAUUACACAAAUACGCGUGACUACCCACUACGUGGACCAAGCCCACGAACUACAUAGGUUGAUCAUCUACGCUGCAUAACACACGUUAAAAGCCAGGAAGUACUUUGGUGUGAUUAUGAGUGAAUCUAGCCUGGGAUUCUAAACACAACCACGUUCGGCUGUCCCUGAACAGCUUUAAACAACGAACAAGAUGUAUUCUCACACACCACCUCUUCCGCCGCCCAAGCCAUCAGCAAGCCACGAGGCAACACGCAUAAACACCCCGGAAACCUCGCCGUCGCCACGGCCCCCCCAACGUCCGGAGACAGGGGGUCCCGGUGCCGAUGGCUUUCAACAUGUAGUCUCGGCCCCCACCGGGCAACCCAUCCCGGACUCCGGCGAGCAAUGGUUGCCCAAGUUCCUGCAGGACAAGUCCAAGCAAGAUCUCGCCGAGAUCCUCUCCAACCCAUCGCUUCUCUCCGCCUUGACACACUCACCGGAAACCAUCCACCCCUCUCUACAGGCGUCACACGACGCGUUGCAGUCUGCGCUGGGCGAGAACGUACAACGGGCGGCUCAGCUGCUGAACCUCGAGGCACGCCUCGCAAACCAACGAUCGUCGACUCAAGCUCAGCUUCUGUCGACCCACGCCCUCGAACGCCAAUGGCGGGCCAAACAAGCCGAGAUGGACCAUGCUCUCACCCCCUUUGCCCCGGCACGGCUAUACCAACGGCUCAGCCAGGGCUUGCAGGAGCAAGAGGCCGUGUGUUGUGCUCUCGAGGAAAGUUUCCUUGAUAGCGGUGGGGAUGGCGCGCCUGCGUCGGAGCGGGAGGCCAGCGACUGGGUCAGGAAAUAUCGGGAGGCUAAGAAGCUAUACUACCUGCGGCAGGAACGCAAGGAGAGAUGGGACGAGGGGAGAGUUGGUGGAUGGCGCUGAUGAUUGAUGAUGCGAUGAUGAAACGACGAGUGCGUCUCUGUCCCCGUCUGGACCGUGGAGCGCUGACUGUCAACACGCACGCUGGAAUAUACCAAGCAAACCGAUGGCCUCAAGCAACCUAACGCUGUGCUCAAUUGAAAGGCCUUUACAGCCAUGUUAUGAAGACGUAUGCCCUGGCCCUAGCCGUCUACUGUUGCAUAGGUCAAAACGGGCCCAAUGAUUAUGUGUGGUUUCCGGAAACACGCAGAUCUCCCCUUA